AUGAGCGCUGCUGUAGAUAGAGGGGCCUUUUUGUCCGAGGAGCGUGACUAUAACCAUGCUGAUGAUAGUGAGUUUAAGAGACUUAGAGACCAAGCAGACCAGGCUCACAAGAAGAGACAGCAGCUCUCUCAACAGUCUCAAGAAGCAUACAAGGAAGGGGAUGGUGCUAGGGCGAAGGAAUUAAGUGAAAAGGCGAAAAAGUACCUGAAAGAGGCGGAGCGUUAUAACAUGCAAGCUGCGGAGUAUGUGUUCACUGAGAAUAAUGCCGACAGUAAGUCGGAUGAGAUUGAUUUGCAUGGACUUUAUGUUAAAGAAGCUCAGUGGAUAUUGCAAAGACGGAUCGCAUCAGCUGUACAGAAUGGAGAGUCAGAUUUGAAGGUUAUUGUAGGUAAAGGUUUGCAUUCUGCAAAUGGAGUGGCUAAGAUUAAGCCAGCGGUUGAAGAAUUGUGUGAUGAAGCUCAUUUAAACUCGUUUAUUGAUCCCAAAAAUCCAGGCGUCAUGAUAGUGGAGUUGGCGGGUGCACAGAUUCCGUCGUCAUGGGGUACUGAUUCGUACAGUGAUUUUGCAGGUGGACACAAACCAAGCAAGCCGGAACAGGCACAUUUCCAAGGAGGGUACCAGGGACAACCGCAGCCAGAGUAUCAGCAACAACCCCAUUACGGCCAACAAAAUGGUCAAGGAAAUGGCCAAGAAAAUACUAUCCUUGGUCUCUUUAUGAAAUUUGUGUUUCAAUGUUUAAAAAAGUUAUAA